AAGUCUACCCGUACAUGUAGCCUCUCUCUCUCUCUCUCUCUCUCUCGAAGUCUCUCUCUCUCCACAACCAAAUCUGCCUUCCGCUGUUUUUGUCCUUAUUGUCCCCGCGAUGUCGUCUGCACCCUCUGCCCAAAGCGUAAACACAGCCAAGGCAAAUCUGCUUCGAGGUCUCGCAAAGUUCCGGGCCAUGGGGGAAAACUCGCCCGUUCUCAAGGUUGUUGCGAAUUGGGUCGGAUACGUCAACAUUGAAUCCAAGCAUGUUCGACACGCUUUGAAGCAAAUGAAGGAAGAAGGGCUCAUCAAUCGUCAUUGCAGCGAUGAUCGUGUGGAACUGACAGCUGAUGGUAUCGAUGCCGCUCCAGAGGUAGAGGAUGUACCCACGACGAAUGCCGAGAUGCAAGCUAUGAUGCUGAAAAUGAUCCUCGAGGAUCAAAAGGGACUUCCGAACGCAGAAAAGACCACGGCUGUUUUUAAUCGGUUGCUAGAUGGAAAGGUUCACGCAAAGAAAGACCUGGUCAGGGCUGCUGGGUUCAAGCACCCGGAUAAUCGUGCCUUUCGGAAUUUGGUGAAUCGCAUGCUGUCCUUUGGUAUUUUGGAGAAUGUGGGAAAGGGGACUGUGAAACUCACGGACAUGGCGUUUCGAAAAGAAGAAGGUGGACAGCCCUUGGAAAAUGGAACCGAAAGCAAUGCGGGAGCACCUUUGUCGUCAUCUUCGGAAGAAUCGACCAACGGCGGUGGUGGCACUGGCACUGGUGGUUCAAGUAGUGCUGGGAAAGUACUAAGAGGCUCCAAAAGAAGGCGACGAAGCAAGUCGGAAGCAAAGAGAAUUGCCGACUGCAGAACAGGAAAGCAGCGUAAAACUCUUUGUGGAGGAAUGUCAUCGCCCCGGUGUCCUCAGCACUGAAAGAAUCUGGACUGUGAUUGUCAAACCUCCAAUCAAGGUUUGCGCCGGAAGUUCAAGCGUGGAAAGAGCGAUCGAGUAUAUUGAAUUUAUCAUCGUAGAUUAGCAAAUUACAACAUUUUACUAGCUACCGGUAC